UCUGAGCAUGCUAUAAUAAGCAUAUAAGCAAGAAAGUAGCGCUACAUAAAAGCUAUUAUUAUUAUUAUAUUCAAUACAUAUUGAAAUUAUAUAAAUCCAAACGCGUGUGCGUUUAAACUUGUAGCCCUACGUCUGGCUAAACUUUUUCUCCAACUACAUCUGCUAAACCAUUGAUUCGUGUGUCUAAGAAGAUGCCGAGAAUAGAAAAUCCACGGGCUCAAGAGUCGAGAUUCAUACAUUGGAUUAAAAGGGAUUUGAACCAAGGCCUAUCAAACAAUCGAUCAAUAAAACCCAAGUACCCAACUAGCGACCCGUUUGCUCUAACAUAUGGUAGACUACCCUAUCGAAACUAUGUCGACCUUGCUCAGAUAUAUUCAAGCGAAUCACGGCACGACUAUGUGGACCACUUAAAUACCACUGUGAAACAACUGUCUUGUGAGAACACUGUCCAGCUUCGUUGGCGCGUCAGCAAAGAAGUUCCCGCCUUUUCGCUUGACUUCCUGCAGCUCUAUCUCUCCAGGUUUGGACCGGUGGAAGCCAUUUAUCAACUUGCCAACAACGUGGCACUAGUCACUUUUAAGAAUGUGCAGUCCUCGAGAUUUGUACUUAGCAGCAUUGACCUUGGCCUUCCUUACGGUCGACUGCACGCCAAACGAUGGAACCCUACAAACAUGGAUCCUGACUAUUUCCGAGUGAUAAAGCACGUGCACAAGGCCUCAGAAACUAAGUCCAGAUUUCACAGCUUAAUGGACAAAGAUGACCGUCUGUCUGUCUUCUCUAAUUUCAGAAACAUGUCUCGCAACAUUUGUACCAGUUCCAAGAAGUACGGACAAACCUUGUCUCGACUGUUCAACCAAGAAUUACAAGUUACUGAUAUUUUAUCAGAGAAAAAAACAAGUCUUCCUUCUAAGAAGAGUACCUUAGUAAUGAUAAAGAACGCUGAAGACUAUUUCGCCACCAUCAAGAAAAUGGGAACCCUUGUGGUCGUUGACUUCUAUGCCACUUGGUGUGGCCCUUGCAAGAAGAUUGCUCCAUUCCUGGAUAUGCUAGUCACCAAGAUAAACAAUGUCCUUGUAGCCAAGGUGAACGUGGACGAAUGUGCAGAUCUAGCAGACGAAGAGGACAUCAAGUCUCUGCCAACUUUUAUUUUCUACAAAAACGGGACCAAACUGGAGACGCUCAUAGGAGCCAGUGAAGAGAAACUGCUUGAACUGGUUGUGUUUCAUAGCCAAUAACAAUAAAAAAGAGAAAUACCAUAGACUAUAUAUAAAUAGUCUAUGAGAAAUACUAAGUCCUAUUGCCCCUUGCCUAUAUCGCGUUAGCAAUAAAGCUUACUUGUGAUAAUGCUCAUAAACUAGGUCACUUGGUUGUAA